UUACUCCACUAUUCUUUGAGGCAGUAGGUGCAGUAAACUCACCAAGGGUUGAGCUACCGUUGUGCAAGCCAAUUGGCCCCGCUCGGAAGGAGCUUCCAUACGCGAUAAUGGCUGGCACUCCGCAAUAACGCAGUCCCUACAUGCUAGUGACGCGUUGAACGCAGAGCUCCGAUAAGAAUAUGCAGAAAUCCGGCGCAAUUCGGCUAGGCGGGACUCCGGCGCCGGCGCCUCAAACGUCUUGGGCGCCGCAGAGUGCCUGCUCUAGACAGAGACACAGCACAGGAGAGGCUCGGAAUGGCCCGCAGCAGGUCGUUGCGAUGAACGCGGUUGGGCGCCAGCAGGAGCCGUCCGUUUACAGCGGCGUACAGCAGCUGCCUGCGCACGCCUUCAGGCGCGGCGAGUUCACCGGCAAUCCGUCCAAAUACGGCAGCCAAACAAACGUGUCCAAUGGGGUCCGGCGGGCUCCAGCGUCAAACACAACACCUCGCGGCGCCCCAGCGCCAUCUGAGUCGGAGCUGCGCCGGGAUGAGCCCCAGGCCCGCCCCUCGCCAUCAGGCAUGUCGGAGCGGAUUGCGGCAUGUGAGAAGCGACAUGUUGAGCGGCAGCAGCAGCUGCAGGUGCGGCUUGACCAGCUGAAGCACCGCCGCGCAGUCACAGCGGCAUGUAUGGACCGGGGGGCGUCCAGCGCGACAGCGGUCAUCACCGCCCCCAGCUUCACGGAGCUCCACAACGAGCCAGGGGCAGCCCCGGAAUCUCCCGACUCCUCAUCCUCCUCGUCCGUAGGGUCUCAGCUAGACGGCCGCGGCUCCAAUUCAGAGCAGCAGGGCGCCUUGCCGGGGCCAGCUGAAAUCAGCGGCACGAGCAACGGUGCCAAUGGCACCGGCACCGGCACUGGCAACACCAGCAACACCAGCAACACCACUAGCAGCAGCACCAGCAACACCACCAGCACCAUUAGCAGCAGCAGUAGCAGCAGUAGCAGCUCGGUCACAGCGCUACAUGCCGCGCCGCACGACCCGGAGGCAGCUCGGUACUGGGAGACGCGACUGCUGUCGCGCGCCUGCACCUCACUCGCCUUCCACAUCUCCUCCCACUUCCACAUCCCCACCGGCCCCACCGACCACCUCGCACCCGCGCUCAUCAGCACCGCCAGCCCUACCAGCAGCACUGGCAGUAGCAGUAGCAGUUGCAGCAGUGGCAGUAGCAACAGCAGUAGCAGCAGUGGCAGUAGCAGCAGCGACCCCACCGCGGCGCUGCUGAACUUCUCGCUGGCGGCUCCGCCGCCACCGCCUCCGCCGGGCCUCGACGGCAGUAGCAGCAGUAGCAGUGUCGGGGGCUUCGACCCCAACGGUCUCUACGACAACCUACCGACGGUGUACGCGCUGAGAGCAGUGGCGUCGGCCCUGGUUGACCCUGCACUGUGGCGGGCCGCCGGGCCGCCGCCGCCUGCAAAGCCGGCGCCCAGUGACGAAGCUGGCAGCAGCAGUAGCGGCGGGGCUGGUGGCGGCGGUAACGGCAGUAGCAGCUCGGCAGCGGAGCGUGCCUUCCUGGGUGGCGCGCCACCCGCCAUUAACGCCCUAACUCACGUGGCCGCCGGCGCGCUGCUGCGCCUGUCACACGCGUGCGGCCACGCCGGCUGCUACAGCCUGAUCGAGCCGCUGACGGCAGAGGCGGCGGCUGUAGCAGCCGCGGCAUCAGCGUCAGCGUCAGCCGCGGCCAGCGCGCAGGCAGAGGGGUUGCCUGCACAGGCUCAGGCGCAGGCGGCGGUGCUACACGUGCCGCUGCCGGGCGUGCCGUUCCACGGCCGCCAGCUGGGCCGCCUGUACGACAUGGCUCGUACGGCACACGACGUACACGUGGGCGCGCUGGGUGCCGUACCCGCCAGUACGGCGGCGGCUCUGCUGGUGCUGCUGGCGGCGUCGCAGCCGCACACGCCCGCGCACCCCUCGCUCGCCCCGGGCCUGGUGGCGCCCACGGGCAACCCCACGAUCCCGGCGGCGCUGCUGGGGCGAUACCUGAGGAUUGGGUCCCGCUCGCGGUCCGUGCUCGACACGGUGCGAGUCAUGUGGGCGCUGCUGCGGCUGCAGCUGCCCGGCUCCGGCGCGCUGCUACUGCCACUUAGCCCCGGCGACGACGACGGCAGUAGCAGCGGCAGCGAUGGGGAGGAGGAGGACGCCCCCGGCUCGGCUGCCGCCUCCGCGGCCUCCGCGGCGGUGGACGCUGCCAGCAGCAACGGCAAUGGCAGCAGCAGCAAUGGCAGCGGCGGGCGGCGGGGACGGGCAGCAGCGGCGGCCGACCGGGACCCCAUGCACCAGCUGGCGCGCAUCUUGCAGCGUCAGCUGAAGAACAGGGAGCGCUGCGUGGCGGCGCUGAACGCGGCGCGGCCCGGCGAGCUGUUCGGGACGUGGCAGAUGGCCGUGCAGGCCCUUGCGCUGCUGAAGGAUCGACUGCUGGUCAGCCAGCGCUCCGUGGCGGCACUGGAGCAGCUAGACGACGCCCUGGCGGCACUGGAGGCCGCGCUCACAUCGCCACCGCCCCCAGCACCCCCACCAGUUCCGCAACAGGGCCGGCAGCAGGGCAGCGGUCGGAUGGGCGGGGCGGCGCUUGCCUCUGCGGCAUCGGGUGACAGUAUGGAUGAGAGCGACGGGGGCUUUGACGCCGCCGCUGUGGUCGCCGAGGCCGCAGCCGCCAGGGCGUUGACAUCGGCGCCGGCGGCGGGCGCUGGCGGGCGCGGGCGGGACGAGGAGGCGGAGACGCAGGCGGAGGCGCGGGAGCAGGCGGAGGCGGCGCUGCGGAGUCCGCCCAUGGAGGCGCUGCAGUUGUUCUUGGAGGCCGCCCGCGAGGUGGCGGCCAGUCGUGGAUUGGACCGGCCCGCCAGCACCUAUCCAUCAGGCGAGGGCGGGGACUGCGCCUUUGAUCCCUGGGGCCUGGGCUCCGCGUCCUUCGUGGGCAGCCUGGCAGUGCCGGAGCCGCCACCGCCAGCCUGGGGCAGCGUGCCGCGGGAGGACGGCGCGUGGCGCGACACGCUGGGAGACACGGAACAGCGUGUGGCGAUGCUGCUCAACACCUGGCCCGAACUGGGGCGGCUGGUGGAGCCGGUGCCGCCGCCACAGCAGCAGCAGCAGCAGCAGCAGGUUAAGGAAGAGCUAGAGGUAGAGGAAGAGCAGGACGUGAGCGGCAGCAAUAGCAGCGACGGCAGCUAUCGCUCCCGCAUGCGUCUGCACCUGCAGGCCUUCACCGACCUGCACUUCGCCACUCUGGAGCGCCUGUACCGCGCGCUGAAGGCUCAGGCGCCCGACGCGCGCCUGCACGCAGCGCUCGAGUUGCCGGCGCCGCAGCAGCAGGGCGAGGCGGGGGCCAAGGAGCAGCGGGCAGCAGGCGGGGAGGAGCACGUGGCGGAGGAGGUGGGGCAGGCAGGGGCAAAGCCGGAGGGCGCGGCCGCAGCCGCGGCCGUGGGCGGUGGUGGCGCCGUGCCGGCGCUGCCCCCGGGCGUGCUGGAGCAUCACAAGCGUAGUGCGGCGACCCUGCAGCUGCUGGGGGCGGUGGCGCUGCCGCACCGAGCGGCGGUAGACAUGGUGUACACGGACGCCCGCGGCCGGCGUGUGGGGCUGUGCCUGGCACACCUGGGCGCCAGCCGCCGCUCCCCCGGCGAAGUAGCCGUGCUGCAACACGCCCUCUACGGCUGGCCAAAAGCUGAGGUGGAGGCCGCGCAGCAGGGCUUCCGAGCGGCCCGCGCCGCGGCGCGCCGGGCCGCCAGGGCGGCGCGCGCAGCACGCGCCGCCGCUGCUGCUGAGGCGGCGGCGCAGGCCACCGCCGCCGCCGAGGCCGCGCGCGCGGCGGCGGCGGCGAUGCAGGGCGACGCCGAGGCGGCGGCGGCGGCCGCCGCCAUCACGACCGCGACUAUGGGACUGCUCCAGGGGUUGGCGGCGGCGGCCAAGGCCUCGCGCAAGAUGCCGGCGCCGCGGCCUUCAGCGGCGGCAGAGCUGGAUCACGUAACGCUGGCGAUUGCGGCGGCGGAGGCGCGCCUGCACGGCCACACGGCGCUCGGCACGGCGCUGCCAUCAGCGCCCCCGCCGCUCGCGAGCCAUCCACUGACGGAUCUGGAUCUGGAUCUGGAUCCGUCGGAGCUGGCGGCUUCGGCGGCGGCGGCGCUGACGCCGGAGGAGGAGGUGGCGUUAGUCAGCGCCGCCGAGGCCGCCGCCAGCGCAAUGGAGCUUGAUGCCGCCGCAGUGGCGGCGGCGCCCACCAUUGCCGCCGUGGCCAUGGCCGAGGCGGCAGCGGCGGCCGCCGCCGGUGCCAGUGCGUUGUCGGGAGCGGCAUCGGCGGCGGCCAGCGGUUCCAGCGGCAGCGGCGCAUCGGAUCCUGGAUUCGGUCUUGAUGACGUGGUCGUGCUAGAACUGGAUCACGACUGGUUCCACCUGCGCGAGAGCUACUACAGCUCCGUGCUGGCAGCCGGGAAGUGGGACGAGGCUGUACGGCAGCAGAUUGGAGCUGCCAUGUCGUACACGGAGCUGCCGUGGGAGGCGCAGCUGGACCUGGUCUGGUUCGUGCUGGCGCGCGCCGGCGCGGCGCCGCCCAUCCGCGUGUUCGCGUAGACGCUUAGCCCAGUGUUGGAGACUUGUGAGGGCAAGAGCGGCGAGAACGAAGGGAACGUUCGGCGGCUUGCGCAGGCUUCUGCAAGACCAGUGACAGCGAUGCUCGGCUGCCAAUUGCCGUCGUUCGUUUGUUGGCGCGGCUUGUUGGCAGCGGUUGUUUCCAAGGGGAUAGGGCUGUGAAGUGGGGGACAGCGUCGUCAGGGUGCUGCCUACGACAAUCUGAUUCUGUCCAGGCCAGAUUGAGAACGAAGGGAUGCAUCUGCGGGCUGAGGUACAAACUUGGCAUACACUGAAGGGGGAUGCAAGCGCUGCCGGGAAUGAACUGUGGUCACUGGGGAGUCAUGUGGUUGGUCGCAGUGGCAGGGGUGUGGUUAUGGUGUGUUGUACGGUGAUCGAUGGAGUGCCCAAUGAAUCGCUCGGGACUGAGCGAACCCGGAAACGGGUGCGGCCCCAGGCUAACCGCGGGCUUAGCGGCUGGGCGCGGCCGGAGGGCGUGUGGGGACAGGCCGCGGUAAACCGUAGCCUGCUUCAGGCCGGGUUGGACGGGUGGUAGAUGUAAGAAAGUGUGCUAUGGUGGAUAUGCAAGCCUUGUCAUUUGACCUUGCCGCCGGUGGAGUGCGCUGUGAAUCCGCCCUCGCGUGUGCAGGCGGUGGUGUGCCCUUGCAGCACUUGUGUGCUGAAGGUAGGGCAACGAGUGUGAAUGUGUGUGAGUGUGUGGGUGGGGAGGCAGCGAGUAGAACAGCAGAUAGUGUUGAGAGGCAGACAGGAAUAGGUAGUGAUCCCUGCUGCAAGAAGAACCAAGCCACCCGUGAGACCAUUUUGGUUACGCGGGGGCCGUUGAUUUGUUUAGUCACCCGGGCUGUUCAUCCUGCUGUAAUUGCUGCUGUCAUUAUUAUGCAUGUCAGCGCGCACGGCUAUUUUUGCCAAGAGCGUCGGCAAAAAGUAUCAUUCCUGCCUCCCUAAGGCAGCCACCUCCUUGUUGCCAAGAGCGAGAAGAUGCAGGGGGCGUGACACGGGUGUGGCGUUUCCGUGCAGAAGGCUGGAGACCGGGCACUUGUCAGGGGUCAAGCGCAAGUAGGGAGGGCGAGUUGUGGUGUAAGUAGCCCAUGGCGCGUUUGGUGGCACUUGCCCUUCAUUCGUUGAGAGUUUACCAGGGAUCUUUCCGCCAGAACCCAUAUUGGGGACGUGGCAGUCGUGGUUGGAUAGUUGACAGUGGCUGAGUGCGUGCCGCCGGGCAAGCCUGUGGUUUUCGCUAGAGGGUCGAGCAGCAGGCACGAGCAGAGGGCAGACGAGGUAGAUGCGUGGCGUACGGUGUUUUGCGAGGUCGCUGGCGUGCGAGACUGCUGGCACUCGGUUGCCAAACAGGGCGAGUUUAGCG